AUGGGCUCCCCUCUAUUUCCUCUCAUCACUGAAAUCUUCAUGACAUCCUUUGAAGAAUCAGCCCUCCCCACAGCACCAUUCCAACCCCUCUGCUGGUACCGAAAAGUAGACGACACAUUCACCACCAUAGCCCACCAGAACGACCCCACAGAGCUCCUCAAACAUCUCAACGCCCAGCACAAGAGAAUCCAGUUCACCAUGGAGACCGAAACUAAUCGACACCUUCCUUUCCUAGACAUGUCCCUCCAAACAGCAGAUGGUGGACUAAGAACAUUAGUGUACCGCAAACUCCCCCCCCCCCACACACACACAGACCACAACAUCCACUAUAACUCCUGA